UCUGAAGCCCCGCCCCUCUCAGACACGUUGCCCAGGGAGAGGCUGCACGGGCUGAUGAGAGUCCUCCCCGCCUCCCCGCCCGCCCGCAGUCUGCUCGGUUCAUGGUUUCACUCCAUCAUCGGCGCACACACACACACACACACACACACACACACACUCAAACACACACACUGCUGCUGCUGCUGCAUGUCCUCAACUCACCGAGCAGGACGUGAACACUCGGUGUGUCGCUCUGCAGCUCACACACCUGCCUCCGGACUCACCUGGAUUUAUCCCACGACUUUUUAAUUUAAAAAGGAGGAGAACUACAUCGAGCGCGUGGUGUCGGAGAGGAUGUUUGCGGGUUUCUGUCCCGCACUCAACAAACCCAACCGGAGCCGCUCAGUGAUGCCCUCUGCUGGAUGAGAUUGUAGCGCCAACAUGUCGACCUCAGACUCUGAUUACUCCAUCGACUGGCUCGCCAGCGACGAGGACGACUGCGACAGCUCGAAGAGUUCAAGUCCUCAGCACGCGGAGGAGGAGCCGCCUGCUGCCCCCUCGUCAUCGUCAUCACCGUCAAGGGAAUCUCCGAGCAGCUACUGUCACUGUGGAGCGGAGCAGAGGAGAAAGAGGAGGAGGAGGAGUGACUGCAGGGACUUAGACUCUGACUCAGAGUCCGCCUCGGUCAGUCCGGUUCAGGGAUUCACGUCUGUGUGUGCUCAGGCUCCUGUGGGGGCGGAGCUUCGUUUAACCAGGAAGAGGACUCACAGCUCCGGUGAAGACGGCCUCUGUGCGACGCCUCAAGCAGACACUGAAAAUGAACGUUUCUUCCACAAGUGCUCGGAGCUGCAGUGCUACAUCGCGCCGCUGUCGUCCAUCCUGCAGGGCCUCAGAUCAGGAAGGUACUCUGAACGUCUGAGCAGCUUCCAGGAGAGCGUCGCCAUGGACCGGAUCCAGAGAAUAAGGGGGGUCCUUCAGAACCCACACGUCGGGCGACGCUUCUUCGGCCUUUUACUGAAAAUCGAAGAAAUGCUUCAGAGUUGGUUUCCUCACAUCAAAUCGAACGUGACGCAGACGGACGGCGGCCCGGCAGCCAAGACGCUAAAGCCGCCUCACAGCAGUGCCUCCCCUCGUCCGCCCUCGUCAGAGUCUCCUCUCGCUGCCUCUCACUCCUCCACCAGCCUCAAAUGGCUCCACACGUCUCCCAUCUGCUCCGUGACGACAACUGAAUCCAUGCUCGCCCGGCCCCCCCCCUCCCCUCGGCCCGCACGCUGCAGCCCGGAAGCGACCCAGGACCACGCCGUCUCCUCCACCUCAGAACUUGACUCCGAAACCCCUCGCCACCUCCCUCCUGCUCCUCGAGUGAGCCGGGGGCCGCCGCCCUUUAAGAUCAUCUCUCCGUGUCUGGAGCGCCUCCUGCAGGCGAAGGAGAGCGUCGUCGUUCCCCUGGCGGCGGGGGAAGAGGGGUGGAUGUCGUGAGAGGAGGCGGGUCUCAUGGCGUGGGAUCAUUCAGGACAAACAUGGCUUCCACUCAGUCCGACUGAGACACUAAAGGCCUUAAACAAAAGCAUGCUUCAGAGUCUUCUACUUCCUCUUUUCUUUUUUAAUCUGUAGCUCGCUCCGGGGUCAGGAUCGCCAUGACGACCACGAAGACUCUGAAUGUGAAAAAAAAAAAAGACAGGACAGGACUGCUGUUUUUGUUUUGUCGUGCGAGGAGACGUUGGACCUCCUGAGUCGGUUGGAUUUGAUCUUGUAGCUCAAAAUACGAUGUUGACAGAGCGAACACUUUUGAUACCAUGUGUUAUAAAACGAUGAAUCUCUGUUGCCAUGACGACCAUCGUCUCAAAAAAUAACAGAAGCUUUAAAAGUCGGGGCGUAUUUUGAAGCCUAAGCAUCAGACACAGAAACGAUGAACCUCUAAAUUAUACAAACACAUCGGCAACUUUUCAGUUUCGCUAAUUGCAGACAUUGUUGUCAUUUUUACCCGACCGAUAAAUCAGCCCGCCGAUACUAACGGCCGAUAUCAGCAUAUCCAGUGACCAUCAGUAUCGGCUAAUUUAAUCUCAGAUAUGCGCUUAUAUAACUCGAUUUAUUCACCAGUCAAAUAGCAUUUACCUCUUUCACCAGCAGAGGGCGCUAUAUGGAUUACAACAAGCAUCAUAACGCUCCAGAGUGUCGAUGCACGCACAUGCUCAGUUACUUUCCAGUCGAGUGACCAUCUUGUCUUCAUUAUAAAUCUUUUCCACAAGUGUUUGAUAAACUACAUCUGAGGGAUGAAUGCAAUAAAUGUGUCUAUAUUUAUUUAUCUCUACAGAUCUGAGAAAGAUAUCGGCAUCUGAUUUUUUUUCUGUCCCUGAGAUCAGUCGGGUUGUAUUUUUUAUGACCUGAAAACAGUAAACACACUCUUGUGCGCAGGACUUCUGUUUUUGUUGCCGUGGUAUCAAACGCGUAUCCAUACGGUUCAUAUCCUGACCGAGCGUCCGCUGCACGUCGUACGAGGAGAUGUUUGAUUUCCGGACCUGCACACUUUUUUUUUUUUAACAGACCCCUCUACCUCAGGCUGGAAACAGAGCAGAGCUGUUUGGUGAAAAGUGAGAACUUUGACGGGAGCGGAGAUGGUCUGGAACUCUUGUGAGAAUGAUCCGGCACAAUGCAUCACAAACAACAGAAUCUACAAAACACUCGAGCACUCGUACGCGACCGGCACACGUGAGGAUAUAUAACGAGGUCAACAUGACCGCAGUGAGGCCGUCGUCUGCGCUCGUUCUUUGAUGAAGGUUUGGUGUGUUUGGAGUUUUACGCUGACUCAUCGUCUGUGAUUAAAGAUGAUGUUGGGGUGUCCCGCCCGUCCCCGCUCAAGAUGUUUGUUUCUUAUUUUUUUUUAAUUCAUAGAAAAUCCAAAGCAGGGCGGCCACCGCUCGUUAACCCACUUCCAUGUUUUUAUGGUUUAUGGUCACAGGAGGCGACAAACAGAUUCAGAUUUUAAACUCUGAGGGGAAACCAAACGAGGACUUUUCUCUCCGGCCAAAGUUAAAUAGAUAUCGGUGCUUUUAUCGUUUCUCCUCAAACUUGAUCUGAAGCUGAAGUCAGUCGUGUAGAUUUCUCGAACAAACCUAAAAGCUGCCGCAGCGACUUCCUCAGCCUCGUAUCGUGGUCGCUCGAUGAGGCGCUUUGGGAUUAGCGUAGUUUCUUUAAGUCGUUUAUUGGAAAGGUUAGCGAGUUGCGUUCCCGCCUCAGGAUCUGCUGUCCAAUCACAGGCGGGGAAGCUGCUUGUUUUACAUCUCUGAUCACAUCGUUUUCACGCUUACCGUCCGUCGGCGCCGCUUGCUUCCACUCUAGACAAUGCUCGUGUUUCCACAUCACGCACUCUCUCCGCAAGCGUGCCAGCAGCGCCGCUACGCUCUGCUCCGUUUCAAAUACGCUCAGAGUCGAUCGACGGAGCACGCUGCAGGCUGGACAGGAAGUCAGAUGAGGAAACCCAGCGUGUCCGGUCAAUUUCAAAAUAAAACAUAUAUACGGACUGAAGAUCGUCACUUUAUCAACAUGACGUUAAAACAGGCGCCGAAAGACAAAGCUACAUCGUUAGCACGUUCUCUUUCUUCCCGCGUGAUCUCGUGAACCCGUGAGUACAGCUGGGCGUGGCGCUGAUGAGACGCCGCUCGCUGAGGACAGACACUGUGGUGCGUUCACUGUAAAUGUAAAUGUGAGCGUUGCGAAAUCCCAACCCGCCCUUUCACCAACAGCUCUGGCCGACACGAGAACACACUCUGACCUUCUCUUCUUGUACAUCGUUUCUCACUUUGUAUUUCCUCCUCUAACGAUGGCCUUUGUGAUAUUUUGUACAUCUGAAAUAAACGUGAUGUUUCUGAA